AGCGUUUGCGUUUGUGAGCUGCGUGAAGGUGGAAACCCCAUUAUAAUACCUCAUCUGCACGGCACUAUCUAAUAUCUGGACCAUUUGAGAGUUAAUUCAAUUUAAUUCUUCGCAUUGGGCAUUUUUAACGUUUUGAACCUCGCCAUGAACGUUUUAGCGAAGAGGCUUUUUCACAGCUUAAGCAAAUGCACCAGAAUGCACAAAAGAAUGCAGCUGACGCAAGCAGAUGCUCAAAAAAGAUCAAACUACGAAGGCCCAGGGAAAACGACUGUUUCUUUUUUAAAUGAAGACGCUGACAAUGGACUGCUUGUAGAUUCUUACAGUCAACUGGGAUUCCGCUUAAGUAAUGGAGUCUUCGUAGUUGGACCCGUUGCGCUUUUCCCGAAAUCGGUCCUGUCGUGGAAUGUGGAAAACAUCAAAGACGUUUCUCCUAAGUCUUUGCAGCUUUUCUUCACGCUCGACCCAAAAAUAGAUAUUCUGGUCCUGGGUAUGGGUAACGAGUCUGUUCUUGACGUGAGACUAAUGAAGGAAAUCAAAAGGCUUGGUCUCAACGUGGAGGCGCUGCCAACAGACCGUGCAUGCACCACUUUCAAUUUUCUCAAUUCUGAGUACAGGUAUGUAGCUGCGGCGCUAAUUCCUCCUGAGAAUGUCCGCACGUCAUACGAGGACCUCUUCGAAACCUCUGGCAAGUUAGACAAGCUCACAUGGGAAGCUAUCGACAAUGGAACCCGUGAUGCAGACUCCAUUGGCGAUAGAGAUCCUCGGACACAAAAAAUGCUGGACAAAGUGAAUGAGGGAUUCUUUGGAAAGAGAUUCCAAGGUAGCAAAAAUGAAUCUAGUGGAAAAAGUGAUAAGGAGUAGUUGGAUAAUACCAGUGAAUAAAACACUAGCUUGUUACGGAAA